AUAGUAUCGGGGUCACGUGAUGGGACUAUCAAAAUCUGGGAUAGUACAACAGGCGAAAUCCAGCAUACGCUGCACGGCCAUAAGAAUACCGUGCUUUCAGUAGCCUUCUCGCAUAACUUAAACUUCAUAAUAUCAGGAUCCUUUGAUAAGACUAUCAAAAUCUGGGAUAGCAUAACACGCGAACUCCAACAAACGCUAUACGGCCAUGAGGGUAGUGUUUAUUCAGUGGCCUUCUCACAUGACUUAAACUUCAUAAUGUCAGGAUCUUUUGAUAAGACUAUUAAAGUCUGGAAUAGCAUAACACGCGAACUCCAACAAACACUACGCGGCGAUGAGAACAGGGGUUCAGUAGCCAUCUCUCAUAAAUCAGAGCUUAUAGCCUCAGGAUCAUAUGAUAACCCUAUCAAAAUCUGGGAUAGUAUACCGGGCAAACGCGAACAAACUCUACACGGCCAUGAGAGUGGCGUGAAUUCAGUGGCCUUCUCUCAUAAAUCAGAGCUUAUAGCCUCAGGAUCAUAUGAUAACCCUAUCAAAAUCUGGGAUAGUAUACCGGGCAAAUGCGAACAAACUCUACACGGCCAUAAGAGUGGCGUGAAUUCAGUGGCCAUCUCGCAUGAUUCAAUGCUUAUAAUAUCAGGAUCAUAUGAUCAUACCAUCAAAAUCUGGGAUAACAUAACAGGCGCAUGCGAACAAACGCUACACGGCCAUAAGGGUAGUGUUUAUUCAGUGGCCUUCUCGCAUGAUUCAAGGCUUAUAAUAUCAGGAUCAGAUGAUCAUACUAUCAAAAUCUGGGAUAGUAUAACAUGCAAAUGCGAACAAACUCUACACGGCCAUAAGAAUGGCGUGAAUUCAGUGGCCAUCUCGCAUGAUUCAAGGCUUAUAAUAUCAGGAUCAGAUGAUAAUACUAUCAAAAUCUGGGAUAGCAAUACAGGUAAAUGCCAACAAACGCUACACGGCCAUAAGGGUAGUGUUUAUUCAGUGGCCUUCUCGCAUAACUCAAAGUUUAUAGUAUCAGGAUCAGAUGAUGGGACC